UUCAUAAAGUAUCGUGGCCGUCCAUGGUUUAUACGAAACAGGGCUGGAAACAUGGAGUGACCCCAGUACAGGUCAAAUAUGGUUACGCGACCUUUUUCCGUUUCGAGAAUAUCGAACUCGAGUCCUCUCCUACGAAUAUGAUGCCGAUAGUCUCAUCGCCCCGGGCGGGCCGGCGGCAAGUGGGAUUUAUGACGAAUCUAUCAGAUUGGUGAUGGAACUGGUGGCGGAGCGACGAAUUCAAAGAGCGACCGAACGACCCAUAAUAUUCAUUUGCCAUGGAUUUGGUGGAUUACUGGUUAAGCGAGCUUUAUCCUUUUCUAAUUCCAGGAAGGAUCCUAAAGUCGAACACCAAAGGUCCAUCUUUCGAUCAACAUAUGGCAUUUUGUUCAUGGCAACCCCACAUCAUGGAAUGCCCGGGGACUCUGUCUCAUAUACUCACUCGGAGAAAUACUCAGGUCCCAGCCAAUUUUCACUGACUUUGUUGGAGGGAUCGGAAACGUUGGCGGAAAUCAACGAUCAGUUUGCGCCACUGGUGAAGAUAUUUUCAAUUUACAAUUUUUGGGAGCAGGCGGAAACCGACUUCGGGCAUACAAAGGCAAUAGUCGUGCCGAGGAUGUCUGCAGCUCCACCAGAAUGGAGCGAUGUAGAUAAAUGCGGAGUGAAUGCGACUCACUCCAGCAUUGUGAAGUUCGGUCGCAAGGAUUCACCCGGAUACCGUCUGGUUUUCGCUGCGCUGGAUAGCUAUAUCUCAAAAGCUGUUGAAUCCAUCCAGACAAGGUGGCAACAGGACACCGAAAUAAUGCAGCAACAACGAAUCCAUGAAUUAUCUGGCAUUCAGGCAUAUCUACAUUCCAACGCCAGCAUACCGUCGAGAUCAACUUCACCUAUUCCUUCGAUUCGCCUAGAAACAACGCCACAGGUCCCGAUGUAUCUUGAUGUCUUACCUGAUGAGAAUAUGAUUCCAUAUAAACACACAUACUGGAUGGUCCCCCCUCAAUCGGGAUAUUAUGUUGGCAGACAAGAGCAAGCAGAACUUCUAACAGAACGUUUGAGAGACACCGGUAUCAGAGCUCCCAAAAUAUGUGUGAUAUAUGGGCUUCCAGGUUCUGGCAAGACUCGAUUCUGUCUGAAGUAUGCCGAAGAAAACCGCCAAAGGUACUGGGGACUUUUCUUGGUUGAUUGUUCAACUGAGAUCAACGCAGAGAAUAGCUACAGCAACAUAAGCCAGAAAGCUGGAAAGGGCGGCGAAGCAAGCGCGGCUCUAGAAUGGCUAUCCCAAACCUAUGAGCCGUGGUUUUUAAUCUUGGACAAUGCCAAUCAUCCCGAAAUGGAUCUGUCAAGAUUUAUUCCGUCGGCUGGGAACGGUCAUAUUCUAGUGACCACCCGCAAUCCGGGGGCUCGGAUCUACAGUACCAUCCAGUCGUUUCAAUUCAAGGGCAUGAACCCGGAGGAGGCGAUCACUCUUCUUCUCCGCUUGGCGUAUCCAGAAGGUGACCCGCAGUCAUCCAAUAUAGCAAACCGGAAGCCAGCCGAAGAAAUUGCUUCGGAACUGGGGUACCUGGCCCUCGCCCUUAAGCAGGCAGCUGCCACAAUCCGCGAGAGCUUCUUGCCAUUGGAACGGUACCUAGAAUCUCUGCUUGGCUGUCGCAGAACAUUGCUCAGUCGCCGGAGCAUUCGCUGCGCUACAGAUGCCAACAUCAUUGCUACCUGGGAGCUACCAUUUCAGGAGAUUACCAGUGGCACAACCCAGCGCUAUCAAGAUGCCGUUUGCUUGAUUCACAUAUUCGCAUUCAUGCACUUUGCCUCCAUUCCUGCAGACGUAUUUUCCAGGGCGUCGGAUGGUGUCAAAAGGAUGAAGUUUACAGUCCAAAUCCCUCCUCUCUUUGCGCCUAAAUCAACACAAGAAGUCCAAGAUCGAGUUCUAGCAGCAGCCCGAGUACUUUAUGACCAUUCGAUUAUCUCUAUGUCUCGUGCAGAUGAUCCAUUUUCCCGGUCAAGCCAGCGUAUCUCAGCAGAACAUUUCUCCCUGCAUCCCGCUAUACAUCAAUGGGCCCGAGAACGUUUGACCGAGUUACAGCAGCGCGAUUGGUUAGAUUUUACUGCUGCAAUAAUAGCCAGUUCAAUCUCAUUGCAGCUUGAGACAUCCGGUCGCACAUUCCGGAGACAUCUGUUACCGCAUAUUGAUGCAUGUGUUUCCUUACUGAGAACAACAUAUUCGGACCUUCCCUGUACAGUCGAACAUGCUUGUUUUCUUGAAAGGUUUGGCCUCGUCUAUGCAGAGUUAGGUCUGUGGAAACGGGCUCGAGCGUUGCAAAACUCUGUGGUGGAGUUUCGAAUCAAACGCCUCGGGAAAUGGCAUUGUGACACAAUCAAUGCGAAGCGUGCUCUGGCAAAUACGUACUGGAAUCUAUUUGAUAUCCGAAAAUGUGUCACGAUCCAACGAGAGAUAUGGACGAUGCAGUGGUGGGUCCGCCCAUCGUUGUUAUAUUGGAUUACUUGGCCUCCAUGGCGACCACGCCACGUUUCGUACGGAAUUGCAUUGGAUGAUUUGACGCGUUCACUGUGGCUAGCUGGUCAGAGAAGCUUGUCCCAACGAGCUGGAGAGGCUGCAGUGAGGAUCCUGGGGCUAUAUCUAGGAGAGGAUGACCCGUUGACAUUGAACGCUAUGUUCAAUCUGGCGAGGACCUAUCUUCAUUUAGGAAAACUCUCAGAAAGCCAGCAACUGCUCGAGAUGGUGUUUGAGAAGCGCACACAUUUCUUCGGCCCCGACCACCCUGACACACUGAUGGUGCGAAACGAGCUUGGGAUGAAUUUGUGCGCCCAGAAAAUCAAUCUGGAUGAAGCGGAACGCCACGUCAUCGGUACGCUCGAGGGAAGGAAAAGGAUUCUUGGUGAGGAACAUGCCUAUACGUUAUGGUCGAUCAAUGAUCUUUCCAAAAUCUACUGCGAGCGUCGUCAAUUUGCCGAUGCAGCGCGCAUCUUGGAAGAAAUCGUUCCUACCGUUGUCCGUACCCUCGGCGAAGACCAUGUGGGCAUGAUUAUGACGAAAGGGAAUCUCUGCAGAGCAUACAUAUAUUGCGAAAGAUGGGAGGAAGCUGGUAAGUUGAUCGAACAGCUUCAUGACAUUGUGCCACUCGAGCACCCGGACCGAACUCAUCUCCAAUGGGGCUACACAUAUGUCCUUUUGCACGAGGGGAGACUAGCCGAAGCGGAAUCAUGUUGUAACACACUUCUCUCAAGCAUAGAAAAGCUUGGAUCAGUCGACUUGGCGAGUCCACGAACCUUAGCAACUGCGGAGAUCCUGUUAGCAAUCCUUCAUAAACAAGACCGAAAGGAUGAGAUCGUCCAGCUUAGAGCACGGUUUCCUGGUAUAGGUGGCGAGGAAACCAUGCAAUCUAUUGACCACAUGCCAUUGGGGCUUUUAAAGCGCUGGUUAGCAAGCUCGUCGACAUCGAUGUGAGCUUCUUAAGGUGUUGAGCCAUACUAAAGUGUUUAAUUGCUCUCGUGUUCACCCCUCGCGUCAUACAUGUCCCCACGCCCUGUUCAAGACACUGCCGAGCUGCAGAGGGCGGGGAUGCUCUGUU